AUGAAAGCGAAGUAUGGAAAUAGUGCUGGUCGUCCAAUCAAACGAAGUGAGAAUGUCAUUGCACCUCGUCAAAUGUCUCCGGUUCAAUUUUGGAAUACAAUAGAUAUUCAUGAUGAUACAGAAGAUUUAAACAAAAGCAUGCAGAUUAUAAAGAACGAAUUGAUAGACCGGAACGUUGAUCUAGAAUUAGUUAGAAGUUCAUGGAAAAAAACAUUAGUUCAAAGAAGAAAUUUUAUCAGAAAUCAUACAAUAAACGAAGUUCUUGAAGAAUAUCCAGGUUAUUGGUAUACUUCAUUGGAACCAUUAUUGCCACGACCAGCUAUACAAAUAACAACAGAUCAGUUUAUUGUUUUUUUAGAUUACGAAGUUAUUAGUAAAACAUCAUCAAUUGAUCAAGCUUUAUGUGUUAUUAUUUCAUUAUAUGUUAUAUUUGAAUUACAAUUUGGUAUACACAAUCGAAUUAUUCAAUUGUUAUAUGGUAUUCUAUUAAAACAAUCUGGAGCAUUAACAAAACCACUAUGCAUUUUACUGAAUCAAUGA